CAGUGCCGGUUCAUCGCCACUAAUGGUGUGCAGAACAAGGGGGACUUAAAGAGAAAAACUUCUCCAACCAAAAAAAACAUUAACAUCAUUUGAAAACCAAACAGAAAAACUACUAAAAAAAUCUUGCAUCAUGAGCUUUGUCCCAUACAUCUCCUCCUCCCUCUCCCGGCGAUGGGAAGAUUCCCCCUCCAGCAGAACUACCUACCGGCUCUCCCGGGGUCCCCUGACGUCCUCCAGGUGGCCGAUGCAUUUGGAGCCGCUGCAGCGCUGGGAGCAGAGUGACCUGAGCCAGGCGAGCAUAGUGAACGCAGAGCUGCGGGCCCAAGAACGAGAGCAGCUGGUGGGUCUGAACAACCGCUUUGCAUCUUACAUCGAGAAGGUGCGACACCUUGAGCAACAAAAUCGGGUGCUGCUCCUACAACUGGAGGCCCUGCGGCGCAGGCAGAGUCAGCCAUCCCGUGUGCAGCAGCUCUACCUACAGGAGGUACGGGGCCUCAGGGAGCAGCUGCAUCAAGAGGCCCAGAAUAAAGCACGCAUGGAGGCACAGAAGGAGAAAUUGCGGGAGGCACACACACAGCUGCACGAGCGCUGGGAGGAAGAGGCGAGGCGGCGUAGCCAGGCAGAGGCAGAGGUGCAGAGGUUGCAGGAGGAGGCAGGUCAGGCCGCUCUGUGCAGCUGUGAUGCCAAGGCCAGCGUAGUCUCCCUGGCGCAGGAGUUGGCCUUCUUGAAGCAAGUGUUUGCAGAGGAGCAGGAGGGGCUGAGGGUCCAGCUACAGGUUGCCAGCCUCAGUGUGGAGCUGGACACAAGUAGACCAGACCUGUCAGCCGCUCUGAGAGAGAUCCGAGCGCAGUAUGAGAGCCUGGCUGGACGCAACAUGCAGACCGCCGAAGCCUGGUUCCGGGGGAAGGUGGCAAGCGUAGUGGAGCUGUCAGAUAAGCAGGAGGAGGCUGUGCGCUUGGUACGUGAGGAGACCACUGAGUAUCGACGGCUGCUGCAGUCCCGUUCAGCUGAGGUUGAGGCACUGAGGAAUGUUAUCGAUUCACUGAAUGCACAACUAGGGGACCUAGAGGAAACGCAGAACACUGAUGUCAACAAAUACCAGGAGAGGAUAAGUGACCUAGAGAGGGACAUUGCCGAUGCGAAAGAGGAAAUGUCACGCUAUUUGCGGGAGUAUCAAGAUCUGCUUAACGUGAAGAUGGCUUUGGAUGUUGAGAUUGCAGCUUACAGGAAACUCCUGGAGGGAGAAGAAAUUCGAUUGACAUAUUCCACCCUACCAGCCCUUGCCUAAACCUUUAAAACACAAAAUCCUAGUAACUCACUUUCAUCAUAUUCAUAUUUUGAAUACUGUUGAGUCAGACCCACAUUAAGAUCCUAAAAUACUAACCAACACAUCACCUUCCCAAACAUUGAGAGGCACAUAAAUCUACUUUUUUCUCCAAAAACCCUACUAACCUAGACCCACCAUUUAAGACUCUCUUUGCCAAAUCCACAUCCAUAACCUUCACAUUUACUUCCAAUCCUAGUUAUUUAGUUAAUUCCACCCCAAUUCCACCAUCUAACCAUGAAACUAAACCGCAGCACAUCAUCGCUUUAAAGUCAGACGAGCCCUUGUGUCACACAAGAGGUACACAUAAUGAGGUCCCCCUUCUUCUUUACACUUGAAAAUGGACAAAUGACCACCUUGGAGACAUUGCUAAGGGCAGCACUCACUCAGCCAGAGCUCAGUGUCAUGUUGGCAGAUUCUCAUGAAGGACCUUAGAUGGUUCAACUUAAAGAACUCUAUACACUAUAUUGUUCUGCAAAUAAUAGUUUUCACUAAAUUGUAAUUUUUUUCUGUUUCAUUCCCAGCACCCAUUGGGAAUCUGAUUAACCAGUGAUCCCCUAUAAGCAAACUUUUAACCAAUUGUUUGUUGAGGUGAAUUGUAGUUCGGUCUCAACUUUCUUUGGGUGCAAGGAAUGGAAUAAAGCCAAUUUGUUAAUUCGACAUUAGACCAAGAAUCAGCCAACAGGACACUGUCCACCAUCCCUGGCUCUUUAGAUUAUAUGUAGUUAGUGCAACAGUUAAGUUUUAGCUAUGUUAAUUAUGUUAGAAUGUGUUAAUUUUAGUAAAUGUUGUAGUAAUAUUUUAUUUGCUAUGUAUCUGUGUUCAGCUUCUCUUAUGUUUGUUCGGUUGAGUAUAAUUAUGAGGAUAUGAUUAUUAUUUUGCUUUAGCAUUUACAGUGUUUGACUUGAUAAAAGCAUGACAAGAGUAGGACAAAUUCAAGAGUAGGAAUAAAAGCUUUAGAGCUGGAGUUUUUAGACUCAUGGUUAAAAUACAACUAUCAUGCUUUCAUCUGCUUUUGUUGUGUCAUCUAAGUUACAGUGCAAGUCAGUUAUCAGUAAUUUGGAAAUGAACAAGUAACCGAGUCUGUUUAUCAUGACGGUCUCUGAACUGAAUGGUGCUGUAUGUUUGCACCUAAAUACAUACUGAAUAAAGCAACAGUACCUCUUCUGGAGCACGUC